AUCAGUUUGAAUUUAACCGUGAAAGCUUAAAUUUAGUGAAAUUAAAAAUAAAACAACAUUCUUUGUCGAUCAACAAGAGACUGAGUAAAAAUGAAAGUAAAAGUUGCAAUAGUUUUGCUCACUGUCGCUUUCUUAGAGCUCACAAAUGCAGCUAAUCGAGAUAGAUAUCGAGUAUCUCGAUCGUAUCGAAAGAAAAAAGAAUCAUCGUACAAUGAUGAUUACAACUUCGAUUAUGAUACUGCACAGCAACAUCCACAUCAGAUUGAAACAGCUGUUGAACAUGGAGGCGGAGAAUUUGAUGGUGAAGACGAAUAUCACCACAUCGAAGUCGGUAAAUCUGGGUAUAGUGAAGGAGCUGGUUUGAGAAGCAUAGCACAAGGAUCUGCAGAUCAAGCAAAUAGUGCAGUUGCAAACCAAGAAUUGGCAGCAAAACAAGCCUCAUACAUUGCUCAAAACAACUUAGCUAAUUUGGCACUUCAAGCUUCGGCUACGGCAAUGGCUGCACUUCAAGGAAAACAAGUUUUGCUUGCGAAGAUCGAACAAGAAAACCUAGAUGCACAUCAAUCAUUGGAAAAUGAACUUCAACAGUUAAAACAAGCAAAACGAUCGGCAAAAGCUGCACAACAGGCGGCACAACAAUCAUCAAGUCAUUUGGCUGUACUUCAAGCAGCACUCAACAAUGCUCAAACAUCGUCAGAGCACGCUCAACAAGCUGCAACUGAAGCUAGCGCCGAACUCGCAAGUCAAUCGAACAUGGUGGGAAAAGCAAAAGCACGAGUUCAACAACUUGAAGAUGCGUUACAUCAUGCAAGAAUUGACUACGAAGCAACAGUAAACGCUGCAAAUGAUGCUGCUGCUUCCGCACAGAUUGCUCAAAAUAAUGCUGCAGAAGCAGCCGCCAAAGCAAGCAUUUCAAGUCUUCAUGAUAUUCACUCAUCACUCCAAUCAUCUCAUGAAUCACAACUUCAAGCUCAUGGUUCUUCACAACAUCCAACAAUUCAAGCUCAUGGUUCUUCACAACAUCCAACAAUUCAAGCUCAUGGCUCAUCACAACAUCAAACAAUUCAAGCUCACGGAUCAUCUAAACACUCGUCAAUUCAAGCUCAUGAAUCUUCACAACAUCCAUCUUUAGCGGCUGCUCCAUCAUCAAACAAAGAUUUAUCAAGAAAUUCAACACCAAAAGCAACAAUAAAAUCUCAUUCAAAUGAAAAACAACAAGAGAAGAUCGCAUCAAAUCAUAAUUACAGCAACUCUGAAUUCAGACCAUCAAAGCAAUUUAGCUUUGCGGGCUAUUAAACGAUUUGCUACUAACUUUACUCGCUAUUAAGAUCAUUUCUAUUUAUCUUAAGAUUUCCUUUCGUGAAUCAUUUAAACAAAUUCAAUGGCUGUUAUUACGAAAGUUUAUAAUCGUGUAUCUAAGUGUUUUCGAAUUAUUUAAUGAUUUUUCUAGAAAAAAAACAUAAAAUUUGUUAAUCUUGAACUUGAGAUAAAACAAUAAAUUAAAUAUUUACAAAAAGAUUUCUUUCUUCCUCUGAAAAUAAUUAGACAAGUUUAUUGUUAAUCUUAUACAAAUGUUUAUAUUUCUUUUUUAUAUUUUUAUUUAAUUCUCAAAAGAUGAUAUUUUAAUA